AUGAGUGAGGAACGGGUGAAAAUGCGUAAACAGCUGGGGUUGUUGGAAGGGGUUGCAAUUAUACUUGGCAUUAUAUUCGGAAGUGGUAUUUUUAUCUCCCCCAAAGAAGUUUUAGAAAAAACUGGGUCGGUUUGGGGAGCUCUAUCAGUUUGGGCGGUCUGCGGAGUUUUGGCGACUCUUGGUGCCAUGUCAUAUGCAGAAUUAGGAACAGCAUUAGCUAAAAGCGGUGGUGAUUAUCACUAUAUAAAUGAGGCCUACGGUUCAUUACCAGCUUUCCUAUAUCUGUGGGAUGCUAAUUUAGUUUUUGUACCGAGUACAAAUGCAAUAAUGGCGCUAACAUUUGCUAAUAAUCUACUCGAACCUAUAUUUCCGAAUUGUCCUAUAGAUCCUUUGAGCACAAAACUUAUAGCUGCAGUCACUAUAUGUUUCCUAACAUUCAUCAAUGCAUAUGAUGUAAGAUUUACUACUAGAAUACAAAAUGUAUUUAUGUUCACAAAGAUCUCGGCACUAGUUAUCAUUAUUGUUGGAGGAAUUGUGUGGAUGGCAAGAGGUGGUGUCGAAAACUUUGAUGAUGGUUGGGCUGGUACUAAGACAUCCAUAAGUGAUUGGUCCGUAGCUUUCUACUCUGGAAUCUUUUCAUACUCCGGCUGGAAUUACUUGAACUUCAUGACAGAAGAACUCCGGGAUCCCUAUGUGAAUCUUCCUCGUGCCAUUUAUUUGUCUCUGCCUUUAGUAACUGCUAUAUACAUCCUAGCUAAUGUAUCAUACAUGGCUGUGCUUGGACCAUCUGGUGUUAGAGCUACGAAAGCUAUAGCAGUUGACUUUGCAGGGUCAGCUCUUGGGUCUAUGAAGUGGGCGAUGCCUACAUUAGUUGCUAUUGCUAUACUUGGAGGCCUAUCAGUUCAUAUUAUGACGUCAUCAAGGAUGUGUUUCGCCGGAGCCCGUAAUGGUCACAUGCCAGCCCUAUUGGCUCAUAUUAAUGUUAAAUGUAUGUCACCGAUGCCAUCACUUGUGUUCUUGAUGCUGAUUUCCCUGCUAAUGUUGAUCCCAAGCAAUCUUACAUCUCUAAUAACAUACUGCACAGUGGUUGAGUCAUUCUUCACAACACUCAGUUGUAGCGCUGUACUGUGGCUGAGAUAUAAACAACCGGAUAUUGUAAGACCUAUCAAGGUAUCUCUGUGGAUGCCGGUGGUGUUUGUAACAAUAUGCACAGUGUUACUCGUGGUGCCAAUCGUUAGUGAGCCAGUAGCAGUGUUGGCUGGAGCAUUUAUAACUAUAGCUGGCGUUCCGGUUUAUUUAUUACUGGUGCGAAGUAAACCUGAGCCUGUAGUUCAACUAUCGAACAAAUUUACACUGCUGUGUCAGAAAUUGUUUCUAUCAAGUGUCGAAGAUAAGGAAGAUUAA